UGCUGUGAUGUUUUCCUUGACCCGUUAGAUUCAUGACUUUCCUUCCCGCUGCUGCAGCUGCUCCCGGUCUUGUGCCCUCUCUCCCUCGCCUGUCCGCUCGCCAACAUGUCGGAGUAUAAUGCGGUACCGCCACUCGGAUCCGGGGACCCUCUGGGCGAACAAGCGGCUCUUGGGAACGGAGCAGGUGGCAUCAAAAAAGACGCGUUUGCGGACGCGGUGCAGAGGGCCCGGCAGAUUGCAGCUAAAAUUGGGGGUGACGCUGGCCCCCCCAUGAAAAACAACGCUGCAUCGGAGGGCUUUGGAUUCACUGCACAGAAGCGACAGCUGGAGGACGCAGAUGAACCGGAGAGCAAGAAGCUGGCCGGAGAGAGUGACUUGGAUUCAGCCAAUGCAUUGUCUAUUGGUGAACAGCUAGCUGCUCUUGCACAACAAAGGCCCGCCUCCAGCACGGAGGAGUACAGUAUACCGGACAGCAUGGUGGGACUGAUUAUCGGCCGUGGAGGUGAACAGAUCAACAAGAUUCAACAGGAGUCAGCUUGCAAGGUUCAGAUCGCACCAGGUACCGUCUUAAACAGCGGAGGCCUUCCAGAGAGGUGCGUCUCUCUCACGGGAUCCCAGGAAUCCAUACAGAAUGCCAAGAGACUGCUGGAUGAGAUCGUGUCACGGGGGAGGGGCACCCCCCCUUCUUCGUAUCACGAGUCCACCAACGGGCAGAACGGCACGGUGCAUGAGAUGAUGAUCCCAGCUGGCAAGGCCGGCCUCGUGAUUGGCAAAGGAGGAGAGACUAUCAAGCAGCUGCAGGAGCGUGCAGGGGUAAAGAUGAUCCUGAUCCAGGAUGCCUCUCAGGGACCCAACGUCGACAAGCCCCUGCGCAUUAUUGGAGAUCCUUACAAAGUCCAGCAAGCCCAGGAGAUGGUGCAGGAGAUUCUGAGGGAGAGAGACCACGGUGGCUUUAGUGAAAGAAAUGACUUUGGCUCCCGAAUGGGAGGAGGCAUGGAUAUCCCUGUACCAAGACACUCGGUCGGUGUGGUCAUCGGGCGCAACGGAGAGAUGAUCAAGAAAAUCCAGAAUGAUGCUGGAGUCAGGAUACAGUUCAAACAAGAUGACGGGACUGGUCCAGAAAAAAUCGCCCACAUCAGUGGUCCCCCUGACCGCUGUGAGCACGCUGCCCAGAUCAUCAACGAACUGAUGCAGAGCAUCAGGGUCAGGGAGGAGGGACAAGGGGGUACCCCAGGUCCUCCAGGCAUGCCUGCAGGCAACAGGGGCCGAGGUGGGGGACAAGGCAGUUGGGGGCCCCCCGGAGGGGAAUUGACCUUCUCUAUUCCCGCCCACAAGUGUGGCCUCGUGAUUGGCCGGGGGGGAGAGAACGUCAAGUCCAUCAACCAGCAGACUGGGGCCUUUGUGGAAAUCUCUCGACAGCCGCCCCCCAACGGAGACCCCAACUUCAAGCUUUUCAUCAUCCGGGGCUCACCGCAGCAGAUCGACCACGCUAAGCAGCUCAUCGAGGAGAAGAUCGAGGGACCUUUGUGUCAUGUCGGCCCCGGGCCAGGUGGACCGGGUCCUGCUGGUCCAAUGGGUCCCUACAAUCCCAACCCAUACAACCCCAGACCGCCUGGGGCACCCGGACCACCGCACGGUGGUCCUCCGGGUCCUCAGCACUACACCUCUCAAGGCUGGAGCAACACCUUCCAGCAGUGGCAGCCCCAUGACCCCAGCAAGGCAGCAGCCAAUGACCCCAACGCAGCCUGGGCGGCCUACUACGCUCAGUGCUACCAGCAGCCGUCGGGGACUGUGCCGGCCCAGUACCCCGCUGACCCAGCUGGAAGUGCCCAAACUUCAGGGGACCAGACCCAGCCUGCUCAGGCGCCGGGGGGCCAGCCAGACUACACCAAGGCCUGGGAGGAGUACUACAAGAAGAUGGCCCAGGCAGGAGGCUCUGUCCCUGGCUCGGCAGCUGCAGCCCCGGGGGCAGCGGGGGGAGCGGCGUCCACACCGGGGGGCCAGCAGGACUACAGCGCAGCCUGGGCCGAGUACUACAGGCAGCAGGCUGCGUACUACGGACCGACGGGACAGGCCUCUGGCCAGCAGUCCGCCCCCCAGCAAGGACAGACGCAGUGAGAGCUCAUGGCAGUAAGACGUGGGAGAGACGGGACGAGGAAGACCACCUGGAACCUGAGGCCAGGAUCUCGUGUGUUUUAAAUUUUCUUGUGAGGGGAAAUUAAAAACCGUCCUCACCACCAAACACCACCGGGAUACUUUUUAACAGAAAUAAGAACUGAACAAAACAUUCUAGUGCUUUGCUGCUGAGGGGAGGGAGACAGGUACACAGCUCCUCAGCGCUUCCGCAUACAUUUAUAUAUGAACACGGAAGCCUUGAAACGUGUACUUUAUUACAGAGGGGUUGCCAAUAAAGCUGUCUCAUCUUCCUUUUAAUAACUUCUUAAGACCCAUUUUUAUAGCACUUCAUACCCCUGUGUUAUAUUUACUGAAUUGCACAUAGCUAUUAGGACUAUAAUCAUAUUGUGUAGAAAUCCUUUUUACAGCGUAUUUGAUUUGCUCAAUGUCCUGACUUUUAAUUUCCCCUCAGCUGAGGCUCGCAUGGUACUUCAUCUUGUGUACAACUGGAUUCUUUUGCUUGUGAUGAAUGCGUUCACUCGCAGUAUUUUGUACGAGCCUGUUCGACGAUACGUACAAAUGAAUUCCACAGUGUUGAUUCGUGCAUGUGGGCUGACGACUAACUGCUGAAAGCUGCUCGAAGGUAGACGACAAAAAAAACACUGAAAAGUAAUAAUAAUAAAGAGCAAGAACGGCUUCUUCUGAUGGUGACGUGCCAGUUAUGUGAAAAUGUGUUAAUUUGGGAGGAGAGUCCUCUUAAGGUGGCAGGAGUUCUGGGCCUUACACCAGGUUCAGCAUCUUUGUUUCGGCCUUGGAUUAAAAAUGGCUUCCCUUUAACCGCCCUGCCAUAAACACCCACCAGUGUGAUGAUCACGACGUAAAACAUGUUUGGUAUCUUUGGUUUUAUGGAUGCCAACAAGAAUGCGUUGAUGGUUUUUUCCCUUCCCCACAGUUAUGGUGUGCAACAGAAAGAAAUGUAGUCUUCCAGUGUGUCUCACUUUAAGAUAUAUUGUAUAUGUACAUAUAUAUAUUCAGCAAUAUAAAGGCUGUUGGUUUUGACUUCCAGAGAUGUAUCAGGUAUGAAUCUUGUAUUUUGAACAGCAGCUGUGAGCCUGCCUUUGGCAGCAGUGUUGAUAUUGUUAAUAGACGACCACCAGCAGCGAUACUGAAUUAAAUUGAGGCAAAUGUUGAUUACUGUAAAA